AUAUAUAUAUGGCUCGUCAGAUUCCCCCCUUCUCUGUCUCGCGUUUCUUCGCGCCUACACUUGCAGUCCCCCAAAUUCGCCAUCGACCUCUUCGUUCCGUGCUUCCGUUACCCGCUUCACGCUCCCAUGGAUUCGGAUUCGAAGACGGAGGCGAUUAAGCGAGCGAAGGUGCUUAUGGUGGGUGCGGGCGGCAUUGGCUGCGAGUUGCUGAAGACCCUGGCGCUCUCGGGCUUUCGGGAUAUUCACAUCAUUGACAUGGACACUAUUGAAGUAAGUAACCUGAACAGGCAAUUUUUGUUUCGACAAAGUCAUGUGGGGCAAUCUAAGGCCAAAGUUGCUCGAGAUGUUGUCUUAAGGUUUAUGCCUCAAAUUUGUAUAACACCAUACCAUGCAAAUGUGAAGGAUCCUGAGUUCAAUGUGGAUUUUUUAAAGAAAUUUAAUGUCAUAUUGAAUGGUCUUGAUAAUUUAGAUGCUAGACGACAUGUUAACCGUCUUUGCCUGGCUGCUGAAGUUCCUCUGGUUGAAAGUGGAACAACAGGGUUUUUGGGGCAGGUUACUGUCCAUAUCAAGGGCCGAACUGAAUGUUAUGAGUGCCAGCCAAAACCGACUCCAAAGACCUAUCCUGUCUGCACUAUUACUAGCACUCCGUCGAAGUUUGUUCACUGCAUAGUUUGGGCAAAGGACUUGCUUUUUGCAAAGUUGUUCGGUGAUAGAAAUCAAGAGAAUGAUCUCUUUGUUCAUACUGGUGAUGGAUCUGAUUCAGUAAAACCUACAGAUGACAUAUUUGAGCGAGGACUGGAUGAGGUUCCUGUGCAGUAUGGUAGGAAGAUCUAUGACCAUGUUUUCGGAUAUAACAUUGAAGUUGCUUUGGCUAAUGAAGAAACAUGGAAGAACAGGAGAAGACCUAGGCCGAUCUUUCUUGGUGAUGUGUUGCCAGAAAAACUUAUCCUUCAAAAUGGCAACCUUGAAAAGAAUUGUUUGACUGAGGAUUUAUCAUUGUCUGCCAUGUCUUCUCUUGGUCUCAAUAACCCACAGGAAAUCUGGAGUCUUGCUGAGAAUUCAAGAUUAUUUUUGGAGGCACUGAGAUUAUUUAUUGAGAGGCGAGGAAAGGACAUUGGGAGUCUGACUUUUGACAAAGAUGAUCAAUUGGCUAUAGAAUUUGUGACUGCUGCUGCAAAUAUUAGAGCAUCUUCUUUUGGAAUACCUUUACAUAGCCUUUUUGAUGCUAAAGGAAUUGCUGGUAACAUUGUCCAUGCUGUUGCAACAACCAAUGCCAUUAUUGCUGGGCUGAUAGUGAUUGAAGCAAUCAAGGUGCUUGAAGCUGAUUUUCAGAAUUGCAGGAUGACUUAUUGUCUGGAACAUCCAUGUCAAAAGAUGCUUCUGAUGCCAGUAGAGCCAUUUGAGGCCAACAAAUCUUGUUAUGUGUGUUCUGAGACACCCUUGCUUCUGGAGGUAAACACCCAAACCUCAACACUGCGGGACUUUGUUGACAAGAUAGUGAAAAACAAACUGGGCAUGAGCUUCCCUUUGAUAAUGCAAGGUGCAAUCCUUAUCUUUGAGGGGGGUGAUGAUCUGGAGGAGGAUAUUGCAGCAAAUUAUGCCUUAAACCUUGACAAGGUCUUAACAGCACUUCCUGCACCAGUUACUAGUGGGUCGAUGCUUACAGUUGAGGAUCUUCAGCAAGAAUUAUCAUGCCAUAUAAACAUUAAACACAGGGAGGAGUUUGACGAAGAGAAAGAACCUGACAGAAUGGUUCUGUUGGGAUGGACAACUCCUGAGAAAGAAUCUCAGGGUGUAAGCAAUGGAGAGAACAUGGCUGCUGCCAUUCCAGCUGCACCGGAAGCAAUAAACAAGUCUGAAGAGGUUGUGGUGACUGCAGAAAUUUCCAGGACAAAGAGAAAACUGUCAGAAAUGUCAGAAAUGACAGAGGUCCAGGAAAUAUUUCAGAUUCUCCCAGAUACUGAUGCCAACAAUUCCAUGGAUCCUCAAGAAGUUGAGGACAAUGACUACGAUAACGACCUCAUCGUGCUUGAUGAGAACCCUGAAGCAAGCAAGAAGAGGAGGUUGCAAUAGCAUUGAAUUUUUGUAAAUAGUAAAAGAUAUUCUUGCUUUAGCUGCAGAUGAAGUAACAUUAGUCAUUCAUUAACUGCAUCUGACCGGUCGGGAAGCUAAUACCAUCAACUAACAAACUGUACUUGGUCUAGAGUCAUUCUACCGUUGCUUGAACUUAGUCUUGGGAGAUAGAUGGCCUGAUUGGAAGCAUUUUGAAGGCAGUUCUCAAUCCAUCCGGGCUUACCGUUCAGCAAGGGGUUGACUUAUUGUUGUGUUCUUUGACGGGAAUCACAAGUAGAUCUAGCCAUGACAUGUUGCCAUAUUUAGCUCAUGUAACUUUGUUAGACUUCCUCUGCUCAUUCAAUGAAUGUGUUAUUAUAAUCUUGAGUUGCCAAAACCCUUUUCACAGUUAGUUGGCUUGCAACUUAGGUUGUAUCAACUGCUUUUGUAUAAAGUGAUACUGUUUCUACCA